ACUAUACCUGAAUAACACUUUUAAGGAGUUCGGACAAAAUCAUCGAGAAAAUUGUCACGUUCCAUCAACACUUUGUUGACAUGCGCUGAUAUUAGGGUGUCAUACCCUUUUAAGUAGGGCAACGGAUACUAAUUGGAAGCCCGACACUGCAAAUUCAGAAUAAUUAGUUUCAGUGAUACCGUUAAGAGCUACUCGUUUUUUGUAUUUACUCAAGCAGUCUUGGUAAAUGUUACGAUAAUAUUAUCAAAGACUGACCCCCGAAAUCUGUCCUAUGUGAAAUUUCAAAACUGUUGCAUAAGGUUAAUACUGAUGUGAUAUUUGUUAAGAAGGCAAAUUACGGAGGAAUAAUGGAGAUUAACUUGUUGCCUAUCUUCAUUUCCAUCAGCCAGGUGUUGAUCGGCAGUACAAGUGGGGCACAAUGCAUUGGACUCAGCGCUGACGUCGUUUGUGAGUGUGAUGGAUAUGGACGGUGUAUGAAAGGGACACUUGAGAUUGACCCCUGGUUACAAUUCGCUCUCAAAACGCAACGAGAAAUUCAGAUUGAUCUUGCCAUCGACAGAAUGCAAAUAUUUGAUGCUCACAAUGCAUUUAACAAUCGAGCUUAUGGAGUUGCUUAUGGAGCAAAUGAUACAUGUCAAUGGCCGCCACCGUAUGAUAACGUCUGCUUAGGAUGGGCCAAUCAUGAAUUCAGUAUCAUCGACAUGUUAAACAUGGGAGUCAGAGCUGUGGAAAUAGACAACUGGUAUUGCGAUGGUGAGAUGCGGAUUGCACAUUUGGGAACAGAGCGUGCCAUAGGUUGCGGAGAGUUCAACGUACUAUUUUCUGACGUCAUAGCAGACAUUGGCCAAUGGAUGCACGAGCCUGGACAUGAAAAUGACUUUAUUCGAAUCUAUAUCAAUGAAAAGUAUGACCAGGGUUACGAUGAUGAAGUGAAUGGUCCACUGGAGCGUUAUCUGGGUCAUGAUGAGAUCUUGAGUCCUGCUGAUCUCAGAGAUACAUACAGAGGGGUGUACCCGACGCUUAGAAGAAUGAGAGAGGAUGGUAAACGAGUGUUCGUGGUAAGCGGAGGUGAUACCUUACACCAAGGUAAAUACAUCCAUGUUGGGCAGUGUGACGGUUCAGGAGAGAAUAAGUUCACCAACUACCCACAGUGUGGCGACAAAACGGAGACGUACUGCAGGAGAUUUCGCGGUGACGCCACACAUUACGUAUUUGGCGCCAUCUACGACGGACCUACAGCGGUGGGUGCAAUCACUGAUAUGAGUGAGAUGGUGAAAUGUCGUAUCAAUCUUAUUGCUACAGAUAUGGUAACACCUCAACUCAUGAAGACUGGGGUCUAUACGUGGGCCUAUGGAGAACCAUCAUUACAGCUAGAUGAAGACUCGUGUGUUAUGUUAAACCAUGAAGACUUUCGUUGGUAUACGUCACCUGAUUGCGACCAAUCAUUGAGCUACGCGUGUCAAAGUUCAACAGAUCCUAAUGACUGGUUGGUCAGCGAAUCUACCGGCCCCUAUGACGUCACGCGCGAUAUGUGUCCCAUUGGCUAUAAGUUCAGUCUACCUCACAAUGGAUUCAGACAACAGAAGUUGAAGGAGGCAAUGCAAGAAUCUUCUGUAUGGCUAAACUUUACACCUUGGCUGACGGGUAACUUUCCCGUGACAGAAGCCCCUCUUACCAGCCCCUCGGGAAACUCAGCAUAUAACUUUAAACCCACUUGGACCUCUUCUUUAGUCGUGUUCCUUACUGCGGCUGUUAGCUUAAUGUUUUAGGGCAACGUUUUUCAACCUGGGUCCAGCAAGACAUAUCCAGGGUGCCACGAAUGAAUUUUAGUAAUACAUAUAUUAUACACUCGCUUCGCUCGCUCGCAAUUUUAGAAACAGGAUGAUUUCUGACAGCAAAGUGCCUGAAUACCUCCAUAUUUCAGCGACGAGGCGCCCCAAUAGCCUUCUAUUUGACAUCGAGGUACCUGACAAAUUAUAUUACAUCUUUUAUAUUAAAAUUACAUUUUGAUCACGCUCGUUCACUUCACUCACUCGCAACAAUUAAAAACAGGAUAAUACACCAGUUUACAGUUGUAUCAGUGCGCAUGCGCAGACAUGGGCGCCAUUUUAAAUGGUGAGUAAACAAAGUCAAUGACCCGAGGUCACGUCAGUGGUAUUUAGGCUAAGCGUAAAUUAAGAUUGCGCCCAUGCAAAUACACCAGU